GUUCUUGUGGGCGCCGCUCCCGGGCGCUUAGAGUUUACGUAUUUCCGGUGUGUUCUCCGGGCACCACGGUUUCUACCCGCGCUCUCCAGUUGUGGGUCGUUGGCGAGUUCUGCGUCCCGCGGGGUGGUUCUGCCUUCUUCCCGAGCCGACGCCAUGGGAGUCACGUGUGUUUCCCAGAUGCCUGUGGCUGAGGGCAAGAGUGUCCAGCAGACAGUGGAGCUCCUCACCCGGAAACUGGAGAUGCUUGGGGCAGAAAAGCAAGGAACAUUUUGUGUGGAUUGUGAGACUUACCAUACAGCUGCUGCCACUCUGGGCAGUCAAGGACGCCUGUCCCUUGCAGGUCAGGCUGGGAAGCUGAUGUACGUGAUGCACAACUCCGAGUGCCCCCUGAGCUGCUUUGCCCUCUUUGAGAACGGCCCUUGCCUGGUCGCCGACACCAACUUUGAUGUGCUCAUGGUGAAGCUCAAGGGCUUCUUUCAGAGCGCCAAGGCCAGCAAGAUUGAGACCCGGGGCACACGGUACCAGUACUGUGACUUCCUGGUGAAGGUGGGCACGGUCGCAAUGGGGCCCAGCGCCCGGGGCAUCUCUGUGGAGGUGGAAUAUGGCCCCUGUGUGGUGGCAAGCGACUGCUGGAGCCUGCUGCUCGAGUUCCUCCAGAGUUUUCUAGGCAGCCACACACCAGCAGCCCCUGCGGUGUUUGGGAACAGACAUGAUGGAGUCUAUGGCCCAGCGGAUACCAUGGUCCAGUACAUGGAACUCUUCAACAAGAUCCGCAAGCAGCAGCAGGUGCCUGUGGCUGGGGUUCGUUAGUGACCGGCAGCAGUGACUGACCUCUUACUAGGGGUACUGCCCAAGAGGAGCAGGUGCUGCACCACUGGGUUUGGUCCCCGCAAACCCAGGGUUUGCAGACAUGGAGACUGCUCUCCUUUUGCUUCCCAGCUAUGGGGUUUGUUCCAGGACCCCGGACUCUCCUCCCAUUUCCCACAUGCAGUUCCUCCACCAACAUAUGUUUUACCUUAUGCCUUCCUGGAUUUGGCCUGUUCUGAGGAGUAGUAAUUAUGAAGAAUGGAGAUACGUGGAUCUUUCCUGCUGCCGGAGGAAAAGGUAGGACAGCGGUGUCCUGGCCUCGCAGUGGAGCGAAAAAACUAUGUCCUCAGCUUGAAGACUUGGCCUCGGCUUCCAGUGAUCAUUCUAUGAUAUUUUUGUGGGCUAUUUUCUACUGAAGCCCCUCCUCCGCUCAAGGACCUGUCUGCCACUUGUCCAGGGGUGGCUUCCCACUGUUGGCUGAAGUCCUUUGUGAACUGACCCUCUUAAGAUGUUGCCUGGGUCCUUUGAAUUGUCUUUCUGACAUUUCUGCUUCCAUUGUGACUUACAUGAAGCCACAGGCUAACUGCUGAAUCUGAACCAAAGACCGGAGCUGCUCCUAGGUAAAAUUCAUCUGCUCUCCCUAAUAGUUCAGAGGGAAUCAGGUGGCUCCUGGGCAGGUUUAAUUUUACAGGUUCAUCAAGAACCAGCUGUCCACAUGUCUUACUGUUCAUCCCCCCUCCCCCAACAUUGUCCUUACCCACAGGAUUCCAGCAGACUCACUGGCUCCAUGUCCAUGUUCCACGGGGAAGAAAGGAAGAAUGAAGGCAGAGGUUGCUGGAAUGUGAAGCUUCUAAUAUGAGUAGUCUAUGGCCCAGUUAAAAUGCAAAUGCUUCCGCGGCUAAAAGAUGAAGAAAGAUGUGAAUGCUGGCUCCAAUUAGUAGCAUGUGGGCUAUGUGGAACUCUGGACUUGCCCAGGAAUAACGCUCUUUGGAGUCACUACCUGUUAUAAAGGCAUUUGUUGAGGAAUUAGCUUGGUAAGGACUGGUCUGUACCCCUUGCCCACAUCUUAGCAUUGAGGCCUCUAAGCACUCAGAAUGUAGGGUCAGAACACUGACCCACACUUAGCUCACCAGGGCUCAUAGUUUUGGAGCUACUUGUUGGGCCUGCCUUGCUGGCUGCCCCCAUUCCUACUGCAUAAUGUUCAGCCAGGCUAACAUCUGAAAUACAGAGAUGGCAUUAGGAACAUUGUAACCAUCAUAGUAUAGGACAACAUGAGUUUCUGCAACAGGAGUUAUGUACUGGUCAUGUUUCCUCUGUAGCUUUGGCUAACAGGAAGCUCAGUUUGUCUUCCCAACUUUAGGACAUUUGUGU